CUUAGGCACUCAACAUUUAUUUAUUUAUUUAUUUAUAAAAUCUUCUAAACUAUGUUCUAAUUUCAUCCAUUUCCAUGCAACAAACCAUUUAUUUAAGACCAUUACAUUCAAAGAACAUAACUUUAUGCUAAAAACACAUGUACUUAGGAUUUAGAAGGGUAAAGGUAAUUAAACUCUAGUAUCAUGAGCUUACUCUUACCUCAUGUUGAUCUCAUUCUUUUCUUGAAAUUGUGACAACUAUUUAGUUUCACUAUCUGACAACAAAAAUAAGAGAGAGAGAGAGAGAGAGAGAGAGAGAGAGAGUUUAUGGAGAAGCACACUGAGUUCUUGAAAUGCUCUAGUUUUGCAGCCUUAAAUUUUCACUAAGCAUUAAUUGAAGAUUGAGUUGACCAAAAAGAUCAAAUUUUUUCAGCAAAAGAAUGAAGAUUUUAAUGGAAAUCCAACAAAGAAAGUUCAUUGCUUUCUUCAUUCAAGCAUGUAUUGCUUUGUUCUUAUUUCCCCUUGUUAGUUCAUCACAAGAGCACAUUAAGAUGACUCCAAAACUUCAAUUUGAAAUUACAUUACAUGGUUUUCUCCUUUGGUUUUCAAUGGGAUUCUUGAUGCCUAUUGGUAUACUUGCAAUUAGACUAUCAAACAGAGAGGAUAAUCCAAGGUGGCUUAGAAUUUUAUUCUAUGUUCAUUCCAUUUUGCAGAUGGUUGCUGUACUUCUUGCUACAGCAGGAGCAAUUAUGUCCAUAAAAAAUUUCAAUAAUCUUUUUAACAAUAAUCAUCAAAGAUUAGGGGUUGCACUUUAUGGUAUUAUUUGGUUGCAAGUACUGGUUGGAAUUUUUCGACCUCAAAGGGGAUCCAAAAGAAGAAGUGUGUGGUUCUUUUCACACUGGAUACUUGGAACUGCAGUUUCAUUCCUAGGAGUUCUCAAUGUAUACAUUGGUUUAGCAGCCUACCAUGAAAAAACAUCAAAAGGCAUAAGAACAUGGAACAUACUUUUCACUAUUCAGAUAUCAUUGAUUGUAUUUUUCUACCUUUUUCAAGAAAGAUGGGGUUACAUACAAAAACAAAGAGUGAUUUUGAGCAAUGAAAUGGUUACUCCAAGUUGUCAAGAAACUCUUCCAAAUGAAAAGGAGAGAGCAUUGAAGGAUGGAACUUGUUAAAGAACAUGAAGCAAUGAUUUAAUUGCCAAUAGUUGACACAAAUUUCUUCAUAGUAUACAAUGUUUUGAAACAUAUAGAAUUAUAGAGUACUAGUGGAUGUGAAUUUUUCAUUGGGUGAGAUGAGAAAUAAUGCUUUUUUUAUCAGAAGAGCCAUUCAAAGAUUGUAAAUUCAAGAUUUUAAAUAUGGAAACACAAAGAUUGUGUACUUUUGAUGAUGACUUUAAGUUCCUUUUGUAAAUUCUUGCUCCAUAGACUAAAACUCUAAUGAAGAGGAUAUACUUGUAAAUACACUUGGAUGCCAAAAGUAAGAUUUGGUUAAAAAGAGGAGUUUUUGUUAAA